AUGCUAAGAGUAUAUGGAGAGCAGAUCCACUUGGGCAUGAAGUAUCGCACUGCGUCAUCCCAAUGGAAGGGUAUUUCAGAAGGAAUGGCUAAAGAGACCAUCGAGUGCAUCCUGGAUCAGAGACGACACCCCAUUCUGGUCAUGUGCAAGACUGGUGUGCAUUUUGCUGGCACAAUGAUCGGCUGUCUGCGCCGUCUGCAAAACUGGAGCUUGACGUCGACAAUUGACAAGUAUCGUAACAUUGCAGGCAGUGUCAAAACUCGCUUCGAGAACGAGCAGUUUAUAGAGCUAUUUGACGUCGACUUGGUCACUCUGCCGCAGCAACUGCCGUCGUGGUUUACUGUCCACCAACGACUCACGGAAGAGGAGCGGAUUGCGCUGACCAGGGGCGAGUUUUUCCCCGGACGAACUCCUGACAAAGUCGAAGAACUACCGCCACCCCAACAGGAUGAGUCAGAGACUAAGGCAGACGAGGAGCAUCGUUCAGAGGCAGAGGAAACACCGACAGAAGCAGGAGAACCUCCCGUGCUGGCGUACCAGAAGUAUUUCUUCUAUCUACAAGGUCCAUUGGUAUCUUCGUCUGUCAAGUUCUCAGAGAAGAAGAGUAUUAUUGGCGACGAUGACGAUGAUUAG